UAUUUUGUGUACAGUAACACAUUUAAAUUUGAUGGCAUUAUUACUUAGAUCUGCAAUAUUAGGUGUGCACAGAAAGUACUCAUUUUGUAUACGGCAUCCAACACGUUUCUUUGAGCGAAAUUUCGUUUCAUCGAGAGACAGAAUAAGCAGAGCCAAACAAGAAAUUUUGAAGGAAAAUUUAUUUUAUUACAUAGAAACUCACAGUUUUAAACUCGGUUUAAUAGAAGCUCUUGGUUGCUUUGGUAUUGAUAGACAAUCUGUGAGCUUACCGUUAUCGGAGAAUUUCAAUGAACACUGUGGAAAUUGGCGAUUUAUCUGGCACAGGAUCCCAGGAUCAGAUGGACAUUACCUUUAUAAAAAUAUUUCUUCAUCCAUUUUAUUUGCAAAAGGAUAUCAAGCUCUGAACUCCUACAUUAACGAUGGACGACUUGAGCCUGAUACUGCAAUUGCGUUACUAGCACUAGAGCGAUUUUUCAAUGAAAAAGGGCACCAUGAGGAGUGUUUGGAAAAGUUACAUGAUGCAAAGGAAGAAUUAACAGAGAUACAAGUAGCAGCCAUCCUUGCAGAACACCUGCUCUCUCGACUUUUACCCUAUCCAUCAAAUUAUUAUCUAAAUCGGUUCUCAAGAGGUAAACCAAAUGAGUGCCCAUGUGGAUGCGGGGUUCCAGUACAGUUCGGAUUUACCCAUCUUGGGUGCCCACAACUAUUUCAGGGUGAAAUGGAUUUCGUUUUGUUCCCAGACAACAAAGAUAUGUCCAUGGUGGAAGUAGACAACACAGCCUCAGCUGUUUUCAAUGUGGUCAGGGACAGUCAACAAAAGACUGGUUAUAUUGAUUGUGAUGAUAGGGAUUUUGAAUUGAAUGAGGAUUCAAGUGCCAUAGAAGAAGGAGAAGAAUUUUCUGAUUUUGAUGCUGAAGAAACUCUACGUCAGACUUGUAAACAGGCAAUUGCGGCAUCUAUUUGUAAAUAUAAAGGACUCAUGAAUGGUAAACUAGGUGGACUUAAUUCAUCAAAACUUUGUGUUGUACCAGUCUGCAGCCUCUCCAGAAAUUCAUAUGACAUCACAGCAUAUGAUGCCAGGCAUGACUUUCUUCUGAAAGCGUGUCAAGGAAGUAUGAAGGUAUUUGAAGAAGAUAAUUCACUGAAAUUUGCCGCAAUGGUCGACUUGUGGUUGAUGAUCAAUCAUAAUAAAUUUUGCACAGCCAUGCCUCCAAGAGCUUUAAAUUCUAUAAAGGGGACAUGCAAGCUUGUACCACAACUUGGUGAAGAGAGGUUUAUGUCAGCAGUGAGAAAUUCAACUUGGCUUUACCAAGCCUCCAUUGGGAAGAAGUUUGAUUACCUUCCAACAGAUCCAUCAAUUACAAAAUGUGUGAAUGAACAGCUGGGGAUAACAUGGAGAGACUGAAGAUGAAUUCUAGUGUCUGGCCGAUGGCCAUGUUUGUAUGAAGUUCCACCUGAAUGUGAUAUAUGUUUAAUCACUUCCAUAUAGUGAUUCUUUAUUUGUUGUCUCUUUCCUGUCAUUUUUUCAUGCCCCCAUAAUUGAAGAUUUGGGGAUAUAUAGUUUUUGCUCUGUUUGUCUUUCUGCCUGUUUGUCUGCAAAAACUCUAACAUUCACCGGAACUUUUGAUUGGUUGGAGCUAGGGUUUCAUAUUUCACAUGUGUAUUGACUAUUCCUUCUGACAAGACCUUUCUUUGGGUACCAACAUAUUUGACCUCUUGACCUUGACUUUGGAGUUUGACUCACUUUUGCAGAAUUUUACCAAAUUUUAACCUUCGCCAUAACUUUUGAAUGGUUGGUGCUAGGGUUUUCAUAUUUCACAUGUAUAUUCCUUGUGAUAAGUUCUUCUCUUGGGUACAAACAAUUUUGAGGCUUUGACGUUGAACUUUAUGUUUGACUUACUUUUGAAAAACUUUAACAUGACCAUAACUUUUGAACAGUUGGUGCUAGGAGUUUCAUACUUCACCUGUAUAUUCCUUGUAAUAAGUCCUUCCCUUGGGUAAAAAUAUUUUUUAUCCUUUGACCUUGAACUUUAUGUUGACCUAUUUUUGAAAAACUUGAACGUUGGCCAUAACUUUUGAAUGGGUGGAGCUAGGGCUUUGAUAUUUUUAACAUGUCUUUUCCCUGUGACAAGAACUUUCUUUGGGUACUAACUAAUAUGUAUAAUAAAAUUUUGUUGAUACUUUGA